AUGUCUAAAGAGCACCAACAGAACAGCUGGGCACACGGAUUAUUCGAUUGUUGUAGCCCUGCUGGCCUUUGUCUUAAGACGUUCUUCUGUCCUUGUAUCACAUUUGGCAAGGCAGCUCAUUUAAAGAACCAUAACAACUUGGAUGACUACUCCUGCUGCAAUGGAUCUUGCUGUCUAUUCGCUGUCCUGUUACAUUGCUCAUUGCACUUUAUCCCUGCUACGAUGCAACGAGGCGAUGUGCGCGAGAAAUUUAAUCUCGAAGGUAGUUGUUUAGGAGAUUGUUGCAAAUCUUGCUGGUGCACUUGCUGUGUCUUGAUGCAGAACGAGAAGGAGUUGGAACAGCGCGAGUCUCUCUUGAGAGGCUCGUCUCAGGGAUACCAACCGAACGGUGGUAUGGAGUAUCCUCAGGGAAACUAA